AGUCAGAGCUCCGGUCUCCAACGCUGCCGUUACGCACAGGUUCAUCUCGUCUCCAAGCACCUGAUUUACAGAGAGACGUACGCGGAUUUUCGCCCUCUUUGUGAAACAAUGUAAGACAGAUAUGUAGGCUUUCCUCUGAAGGAUAUGGUCACUGUUAAGCUGCCAAAGUGGAGCCGCGCGUAUCACGGAUCGGGGCGCUCCUGCAGGGUCUAGGAUGCGCGCCCGGAACAUCCCGAUUCUUACCCGGGUUUGGGGGUGAGCAGGAGUCCGCUGCCCCUGCUGGGCGCAGAGGUGGGAGGAGGACGCAGUCGACCCGCACCAGGAUGCCCGUGAUGAGAGGUCUGCUGGCCCCGCAGAACACCUUCCUCGACACCAUCGCCACCCGUUUCGAUGGCACCCACAGUAACUUUGUGUUGGGGAAUGCGCAGGUCCAGUCUCUCUACCCCAUCGUGUACUGUUCUGAUGGCUUCUGUGAGCUCACUGGUUAUGCCCGUGCGGAGCUGAUGCAAAAGAGUUGUGCGUGUCAUUUCCUCUAUGGGCCAGAGACCAGUGACAGGCUGAUGGCACAGAUCCAGGGUGCACUGGACGAGAGGAGGGAGUUCAAGACAGAACUGGUCUUCUACAAAAAAGGAGGAACUCAGUUCUGGUGUCUUCUGGAUAUCGUGCCCAUUAAGAAUGAGAAGGGAGAGGUGGUGCUGUUUUUAGUGUCACACAAGGACAUUACAGACAACAAGAAAGUCCAAGAUGAAGAGCAGAGCCCAGAAAGAGACGAGGAGACGGGGUUGGAGGUGCACAAGGUCACACGGCCACCGGGCUUCAAUGCCAACCGGCGGCGCAGUAGAGCUGUGCUUUACCAGCUGUCUGGACACCUGCAGAAACAAGACAAGAGCAAACUCAAGAUCAAUAAUAACAUGUUUGGCGAGAAGCCGCCCAUACCAGAGUACAAAGUGGCAGCCAUUCAGAAAAGCCGUUUCAUUCUUCUCCAUUACGGCACCUUCAAAGCAGGCUGGGAUUGGCUCAUCCUGUUAGCAACCUUUUAUGUAGCAGUUACUGUGCCCUACAAUGUCUGUUUCACCGUCGUUGGAGGGCGAGAUGAAGCAUCAACCCCUAGAAGUCCACCGAGUGUGAGCGACAUUCUGGUGGAAAUUCUUUUCAUGUUAGAUAUUGUACUAAACUUCCGCACCACAUUUGUGAGCACAUCAGGCCAGGUGGUGUAUGAUGCUCGCUCUAUAUGUGUGCAUUACGUCACCACCUGGCUCUUUGUGGACCUGAUUGCUGCGCUGCCAUUUGACCUGUUGUAUGCCUUCAAUGUCAGUGUGUACUUCGGGGUUCAUCUACUGAAGACUGUCCGAUUGUUGCGGCUUCUACGCUUGCUACAAAAGCUGGAGCGUUACUCCCAAUACAGUGCAGUGGUUCUCACAUUACUCAUGUCCAUGUUUGCCUUGCUGGCUCAUUGGAUGGCCUGUGUCUGGUACAUCAUUGGCCGCAGCGAGAUUGAGAACAACAGCCCUGGUUCCUGGGACAUUGGCUGGUUGCAUGAGCUGGGCAAACGCUUGGGCACUCCAUACUUCCUGUCACCCCUCGCAUCCCUCAUUCCUGACUCUCUACGUCCCACCAUCCUGGACGGCCUGGUGGUUAAUUCCAGCCAGUGGAACAGCUCUGAUCUGGUGGCUCAUGAGCCAGUGUGGAACUCCAGCCAGCUGAACUCCACAGGCGCAGCACCAGCGGCCCCUUCAAAUGCUGGACAGACUGGAGCCGUACUGGGAGGAGGACCCUCCAUCCGCAGCUCAUAUGUGACAUCGCUGUACUUCGCUUUAAGCAGUCUGACCAGCGUGGGCUUUGGCAACGUCUCAGCCAAUACUGACUCAGAGAAGAUCUUCUCUAUCUGCACCAUGCUGAUCGGAGCACUCAUGCACGCUGCGGUCUUCGGUAAUGUGACGGCCAUUAUCCAGCGGAUGUACUCGCGCCGCUCGCUCUAUCACACUCGAACCAAAGACCUCAAAGACUUCAUCCGUGUGCAUCGACUGCCCAAAGCCCUCGCGCAGCGCAUGCUGGAGUGCUUUCAGACCACAUGGUCCGUCAACAACGGCAUCGACGUCAGCGAGCUUCUGAAGGACUUUCCAGAUGAACUGCGAGCCGACAUCGCCAUGCACCUGAAUAAAGAGCUGCUGCAGCUGCCUCUGUUUGAGUCGGCCAGUCGAGGGUGCCUGCGCUCGCUCUCUCUCAUCAUCAAAACCUCUUUCUGUGCUCCAGGAGAGUUCCUCAUCCGCCAGGGUGACGCUCUGCAGGCCAUAUACUUUGUCUGCUCGGGCUCCAUGGAAGUGCUCAAGGACAACACUGUGCUGGCUAUACUGGGAAAAGGGGAUCUGAUUGGAUCGGAUUCACUAACAAAAGAGCAGGUGAUCAAGACUAACGCAAACGUGAAAGCUCUGACGUAUUGUGACCUGCAGUACAUCAGCCUGAAAGGACUGCGAGAAGUGCUGCGCCUCUAUCCUGAAUACGCCCAGAAAUUUGUCAGUGAAAUUCAGCAUGAUCUCACCUAUAACCUGCGGGAGGGCAGCGGAGCUGAUCUGGACUGGGAAAGCAAUGGUGGUCUGGUGAAGAAACUUCCUGCUAUCCGUGAGGAUGAGGAGAAUGAUGAAGAGCAGAAUUCUGUGUCAAGGGCCCCACGUUCGCCUCUUCGCCUGACCAGGGCCCUCAGUUCCCCCUUGCGAUCACCCCUCCUUCCCCCUCGGCCCUUCCGUGCUCCAUCUGAGAGCAUGCGACCUGCCACCCUCCAGAUCCCUGUGGUCAGUUUUAGCAGCGCCCCUCCUGAACUCAGCCCCAGGUUCGUGGACGGCAUAGAAACAGAAAGCAAUUCCAGCUCAACACAAAGGUUUGAGUUCGGUCCCAGCCUACCUCAGAGUGGCCCUCCAUCCCCUUCCCCAGUGAGCCAAGAGCAGCUGGAGUCAAAGCAGAGCAUCACCAAACUGAGUGAGGAGAUGACUAGUCUAUCCCAGCAAGUCUCCCAGCUGAGCAAAGAGCUACAGGAAAUGACACGUCUCCUCCGGCCCAUACUUGUUAUGGGAUCUCAGCCCCUCCUGACUGCCCUCAGUCCAACAAUGCCUCAGUCUGCCAGCAGUUGCAGUGGUCCAACAAUACCCACGCCACCAGCUCCUUCACCCAUAGCCUCACCAUCCACGCCACUCAGGCCAACUUGCUCCCUAUUGGACAGUGCAGACACUGGGAGCAUUGGCUUACCCAGCUGUCUCCUACCCACCAGCCCACCACUGAGACCCCACGCACAGGUUCAGGUGUCUCCAACAGGCUGUUCGAGAGGACCUUCCCUGCCAGUCCUAGUUUCUCCUGUGACAGCCCAAACAGAUGGGCCUGGCACCCAGGCAGCUCCAACCCAGCCACCACAAGCCAAUCAGCCCCCUUCUCCGUCUCUAACCUUUUCAUACUCACUGCCAUCUUUCCGCACUCAGUCUUCUUCCUGCUCCCCCUGCCAGGGGCCUCACCGACCUGCCAGUCACAGCAGAGGUUUGCUACCUCAGCCCCCUUCACUGGACAACCCAAAUCCACCACUAUCACAUUGCUCGGCACCACCCUCGAUCAAUAACUCCCCAGGAGACCACAGGGUGGGUUUCAGCCAGUUCCCCUUGUCCCCUUCCUCCACUCGGAUCCAGCCAGGGGCAUGCACUCCUCCUUCUUCUUCUUGUCCACACACCUCCCCACCCUUGCCCUGCUCUCUGGACUCCCUGCCAGAAACACAGGCCUCUUUUGGCCCAACAUGGUUGCCGCAGAACCCCGUCCAGGGACCUCCUCAGUUAGAGAUUGAAAUGCAAGAGUGGGCAGCAACUGCAGGGAGGCCCAGCACAGAGCAUAUCAGCUUCAUAGAUGAAGAAGGACCACCACUGUGAGAGACUAAAUGAAGAUGAAUAGGACUAGCUGACUUAGCAAAUAAGGGAGUGGUGAACUGGGCUAACUGCAAUUUCCCCAAUACACCUCCAUACCGAACUGAUUGCUGCCCCAUUAGGAUGACACUCUUAUAACUACACAAGUUGUGGCUCUGUUUCAAAACUUAGUGAGCUGCCUAACCAGAUAGCUUAGUUAUCCUAUGCUCCAAAACUAGACAUCUAAAAGUGUUUUCUUUAAAGAGACAUUGUUUGUCCAGAAUUUCAGAAUGCAGUGUGAGCUAGUUACAAAUGCAAUCCAGGAUUGUGCCACUCAUUAAAUUGCUAAGUCCACACAAGAAACGUAUGCUACCUUAAUGCCAUCUAUUCGCCAUAGAUAGAUAGGUAACAACCUGAACAUUCUGUUGACAUCCUCAAAUUUUAAAUGAAAUAUUUCUAUGGCAUUACAAUUAAUGCUAAAAAUUAGAAUCUGGGUGAUCAGUAGACAAAACCACAAUGAAAAAAGUAACAGGCAUAACAGCUUAUUUAACUAUAUUAGAUCUUCAGUCUAUUGCAAUAGCCAAAAUAGAUGCCAUCGCCACCGCCAUUUUGACUGUUAGCACAUUAUGUUGCAGCUGUCAGAUGGAGCUUUUAGGUUGAGGUUAAAUGUAAUUCCAAGAUCCAUUACAAAUCAAUAUAUUCUCACUUCCAAUAUGGCUUAAACACAUAUUUAUUCAUAAUUGCAUUAAUUAGUCUGAUUUUAGCAUGAUGCUAAGCUAAAUCUAAUAGAACUAUCAACUGCUAGAAAUAUUGAUAUGAACGGUUCCAUGUAAUUAUCAGUGAAAGAAAAUGUUUAGCCUAAUAUUGUUUGUACAAAUGUAUUAGGUCAAACAGCAUUAGCUUAGCAAAAUGCUAAUGUCAAGCUCAAUUGGAAUCCAUAGGGUAUAUGCCGAAGCAUGCUAAUAGGACUUUUAAUUUGCCAGUAACAUGGGUUAAUCAUUUCCGGUGAAUUGUAUGCCAAUGCAAAAUCGGCACGUUUAAGGUCUGUUUUCUUUAAAAAUCAGCGAUCUCCACUGGCUAAGUGAUAUCCGAUAUAAAGUGGGUCUCAGAUUGUACAAGAAGCACUGCAUUAAAUAACAUUUUCCCCCGCCAUGUCUUUAUAAUAUGAGCAUUUAUUUUACCCCAGUAUAUUGAAUGGAGCUUCUACGCUAGCCUGCCGAUUCUGACGGGCGUGUGCGAGUAAACGGCUUUUUGUCUCAUUUUACGCUUGAGCAACUAAAUGAAUGCCAAAGUCUGUUUAACUGAUUGUAUUUGAAUUACAUUACAACAUCGAUGCUGUAAAAGGAACCGAAUAAAAUGGAAAAAAGCUCACAAUAACAGGUCACCGGAAGUUUAUCAGUAUGGGAACAACACUAGCUCGGCAUAUACCCUGUUGUGAACAAUGGUUAGAUUACAUGAUUUGGGGGGGUUAAGAAGGACAGCUGUUAAUCCUUUCAGUCAUUUAUGAGCUUCCUUUUUGGUUAGAUUUAAACUUAGAUUGUAGCUGACUAUGGCAGACUAUGUACUGAGGCAGUUCACUAUGCUUUUGAAACAGCCACUGAUAUUCACUAUAUGGCAGCACACCAGUACCUGAUACCAGCCAGUUACUCUUCUCUGAGCACAACUUGUUGAAGUUCCUCUUCUAAAGGCAUUAUAUGACCUUCACAUGCAUCAUUGUGACCCAAUUGACACGGAUCCCACUGCGGCCAUAAAUCCUCUUUGCUAUAGGGGAAUUUAAUAUAACAAAUGAAAGUGCACUGAUUAACUUGCAAGACUGUGCACUGAUCAUGCGCAGACUACAAGGACUGUCAGGUGGUGUUUCUUAUCUCUGUAUUACCAAAACAAUGUUUAUACUCUACUAAUAACCCACUUUGUGAAUUGAGUUCGCUUUUUGAAUUUCCAAACUUGGCAAAUGAAUGAAGCUGUCACAACACAUUAUCCAUCAUACUUCAUUUGUUUCCUCCAGAUUGUCUCGAGCCAGUUAACACAUUUACUAGCCAGAACCACCAGUUGCAUAUUAAGUUAGCACGGAGACCUUGGGAAAUAUCUGUCCUCCUUGCAAAAUUUAGUCAGUUUCAAGAUUUCUUCAUUAUAUUCAGUCAAAACAUGUAUGAAUUAGUGCUAGCUGAAAGUGUAACACACACACAUAUGUACAGUACGUGUAGCCAGGGUACAAAAUUAACAUUUGCAACACUUCUAAAAAGAGCUCCAGCCACUAAACUAUAUUAAAGAAACUGUUCAACCGAAAAUGAAAAAUGGCCCAUAAUUUAACCAUCCAGGGGGAUGGUGCAGCGACAGCAGUAAUACAGUCAAUGUAUCUGUCAGUUGUGAUAAAACAGGAGCUGAGUCGAAAGGCAAAGCUCUCGAUUUACCGGUAAACUACGUUCCUACUCUCACCUAUGGUCAUGACCAAAAGGACAAGAUCUGAAAUACAAGCGGCCAAAAUGAGUUUCCUUCGCAGGGUGGCAGGGCACACCUUUAUAGAUAGGGUGAGGACCUCUGUCGCCCAGGAGGAGCUCGGAGUAGAGCUGCUGCUCCUCCACAUCGAGAGAAGUCAGCUGAGUUGGCUCAGGCAUCUGUUUCAGAUUCCUCCUGAAUGCCUGCCUAGGGAGGUGUUCCAGGCAUGUCUCACCGGAAGACCCAGGACACGCUGGAGGGGCUAUGUCUCUCGCCUGCCCUGGGAACACCUCGGAAUCCCCCUAUAGUUGAAUGAACAACACCCCCGCCCCCCCCAUAGUUGAAUAAACUUAACUAGCCACAAGCUAUCCUCAGUGUAUAUGACUUUCUUCUUUCAGAUGAACACAGUCUGAGCAGUUUUAUAUUUUAUCACUGCUCUUCUAUGCUGUAAAAUGGUUUUGGGUAGUGGCCACUUAUCUGAAGCUUUCAAAUCUGUUGUAAAUCUGCCCCAUAUGCCAUCGGGGGUUAAUGCAUGUCUUAUGAAGUAGAUCUAUGUGUUUUCGUAACCAAAAUAUGUCACAUUUUUAAAUGAUAAAGUUAAAUAGUUUUCUUUUUAGCGUUUU